UUCGUUCUUGUUGCCCAAGGCUUUCCCUUUCCGAGCGCGAGUCCCAUCUUGUUCUUCUCCAAUGGCGUCUUCCGCUGCAAUGGAUGAUUUCGAGGACGAUCAGAUCGCUCCCAUGUCCACCGAAGACAUCAUCCGAGCCUCUCGGCUUCUCGACACUGAGAUCCGGAUCCUCAAGGAGGAUUUGCAGCGGGCUAAUCUUGAUUUGGACUCUUACAAAGAGAAGAUCAAGGAAAAUCAGGAGAAGAUCAAGCUCAACAAGCAGUUGCCUUACCUCGUCGGGAACAUCGUCGAGAUUUUGGAAAUGAAUCCUGAAGAGGAAGCUGAGGAAGAUGGUGCUAACAUUGAUCUAGAUUCUCAGAGAAAGGGAAAGUGUGUCGUCUUAAAAACUUCAACACGCCAAACAAUCUUCCUUCCUGUUGUUGGCUUAGUUGAUCCUGACACCCUAAAACCUGGAGAUUUGGUUGGGGUAAACAAGGAUAGUUACUUGAUAUUAGACACUCUUCCAUCAGAAUAUGACUCGCGAGUGAAGGCAAUGGAAGUUGAUGAGAAACCUACUGAAGAUUACAAUGAUAUUGGUGGCCUUGAGAAGCAGAUCCAAGAACUUGUUGAGGCCAUAGUGUUGCCAAUGACCCAUAAAGAUAGGUUCCAGAAGCUAGGAAUUCGUCCGCCCAAAGGUGUUCUUUUAUAUGGGCCUCCUGGAACAGGAAAGACAUUGAUGGCUCGUGCCUGUGCAGCACAGACAAAUGCUACUUUUCUGAAGCUCGCUGGGCCGCAACUUGUUCAGAUGUUCAUUGGUGAUGGUGCAAAACUUGUUCGUGAUGCCUUCCAGCUUGCAAAGGAAAAAUCUCCAUGCAUUAUUUUCAUUGAUGAGAUUGAUGCCAUUGGGACAAAGCGAUUUGAUAGUGAAGUGAGUGGAGAUAGAGAAGUGCAGCGAACAAUGUUGGAGUUGCUGAAUCAACUUGAUGGUUUUAGUAGUGAUGAGCGGAUAAAGGUCAUUGCAGCAACUAACAGGGCUGAUAUUCUUGAUCCUGCUUUGAUGCGGUCUGGGCGUCUAGAUCGCAAGAUUGAGUUUCCUCAUCCAUCUGAAGAGGCAAGGGCAAGAAUUUUGCAGAUCCACUCGAGAAAGAUGAAUGUACAUCCGGAUGUGAACUUUGAAGAGCUUGCUAGGUCUACAGAUGACUUCAAUGGGGCUCAACUGAAAGCAGUAUGUGUAGAAGCCGGCAUGCUUGCACUCCGCCGAGACGCCACUGAGGUGAUGCACGAGGAUUUCAAUGAAGGGAUCAUUCAAGUUCAAGCCAAGAAGAAAACAAGCUUGAACUAUUAUGCCUAAACUACCAGAAAGCUCCAAGUUUCUACAUUGAAGGCUAAUGAGGCCGUUGGUCGGGAAUCCUGAAGUCUUGGUAUUCUUUGCCAUUCGGUCUUUGGUUGUUAUUCGAUCGACGGUCUGGAAAUAUUUUAGCCAUCCACUUCUCUUAUAAACUUAUUAGUUUCGAAACUUAGUUCUGCUAUGGUCUUUGUACCAUCCUUUGUUUUUUAUAAUUGUUCGGACGCAUGUUUCUUACAGUAAGAUUUGUAUAAGAACUUUUUGUUUGUUGUAUAUAUUUGGGUCUUGACCUACAUGUUUAUGCCCUAACUUAUAUUUCGGAUU